CGUCGUCGUUCUUUCGCAGUCUUCGCAGGUCAUCAAAAAAUUAGCUCAGCUCAGCUGCUUUUGUGCGGUGUGACCUCUCCUGUUCGUUGUCUGCUCGGUGACUGUCCGUUUUGUGUUGAAAUUUUGUUUCAAAUCGAGCGGCUGGCUUAUCACAACUCAUCGUCGUCGGAAGCCACAGAAAAGUCUCUCCCUCUGGUACUGCUGCCCCCGGCAGACUAUGGUCAGUCUGAUUAGGAACUUUGGUUCAAACACGGGAGGUCGCUUUUUCGAGGAUUCGUCUGUUGCUGUUUCCGGAAUCGCCAGCGGUAGGAUGGAGGACGGCCAGCUGGACCCGAUACUGGCCACCGAGGAUGACGACGGCUUCCGGCCGCUCAAAACGGUGCCGGCUUUUAGCUUCCACCUGCUGAUUUCGACCUGCAUCUCGCUGACCGGGGUCAUCCUGGCGGCCACCUGGCAGGACAGUUGCCGCUGCGAAGCGUACUUCAUAAUGCUGUAUAUGCGGGCCGCCUUCUGGUUGAUUACUUUCCUCAUCGACCACUACGUCAAGCGCCACCACGAGAAGCUCCGGCUGGACGGGUACCACGACUUCCACCGGGCCACCACCGGCCACCGGGCCGUCCCGCUGCAGAUCGUUUCCCUGUGGAACACGUUCCUGCUAGCGGUGCAAGCCCUCAUCCAGCACUACUACGGCGAUUCGUUCGCGGAAAAGUGCGUCGUCGUGGGUUUCCUCUCGCCGAUCGUGUACAUCACGAUGUUCUGCUCGCUGGAAACGUUCGUGCUGGCCCUGGUCAACGGGUCGUACAUCGGCAAGGUGGUGCGCUUCAACCGGACAGCGGCCCCGCCGGACGCCCUGCAGGGCAGCCGUGGCCACAGCAGCGGAUCGUUGGGACUAACGCAGCGUGGACUGAGCACGACCGAACUGCUCGAGAAGCAGGCCGAUCUGAUCAACUAUCUGAAGGACCACAACCUGAAGCUGAACCAGAAGAUUAUGCAGAUGAAUGCCGCCGUCCGGACGGUCACGUACCCGGGUUAAGCUGGGGGUGAUUCCGUAAGGUAGGUCCGGUUGGUUCCCUUUUUUUCAUGUCAGUGACGAUUCAACAAUGCCUUUCAUUUUGAUUAGAUGAGUAAAAUCAUUGGACUGAUCGUUUCAUAAGUUGUAAUUUGGCCAUUCGAGAGUUGUUUAAAGGUGUCAAUCGGCAAUUAUUGAAAAGAAUUUAGUAGAUUAGUAGUUAGAACUCCAGGGUUAACAGGAUGGAGAUGCCCUCUCGGAUGAGACGUUAACAAGGCUCAGGCCCAGAGUAACGGAAUGAACAAAAGAAAAAAAGCAAAUAUUUUUUGUUUACGAACAAUAAAAGCAGUUGGUUUCAGUGUCUGUACAUAAAAAUUGCAAAGCAUACAAA